AGGAAUCUAGUUGCUCUUCCCUGACGAGUCCCGGCAGUGCUACGUAUUUCUCGCCUCCUUUCAAUAAUUCAUACUACCGCCGCGCCGCCUCCUCCUUCUUUUGCUACUUUUUCAACCCAACCCGCCACUUGCAGAAUUUGCUGCCGUCGUCACUCUCAGCCAUUGCUCCACAAUCAGUUAAGAGAUUAGCUGCAGGAUAGAGCUUACUAAUUCUCCAAAGUCAACUGGAGGGUGGAGAUGGAAACAAAUGGGCAUUUAGACAAAUUCAUAGUUGGGUCUGUGCCAACUGUGAUGUACAUUCCCAACUUCAUUGGGGACACUGAAGAAGAGCAGAUUGUUAAGAAUAUUUAUGGAGCUCCUGUUUCAAAAUGGAAAUCUUUAAAAAAUAGGAGACUACAAAAUUGGGGAGGUGUUGUACAUGAGAAAGGCCUUAUAGCACAAGACUUGCCUCCUUGGUUAACUAGAAUUACUCAGAGGAUCCAAGAGGAAACAGGGCUGUUUCCCUCGGCAAUUAAUCAUGUGCUUAUCAACGAAUACCUUCCUGACCAAGGAAUAAUGCCGCACCAAGAUGGACCUGCUUAUUAUCCAGUAGUGGCAAUUCUCUCUCUUGGAUCACCUGUUGUUAUGGAUUUCACCCCGCAUCCAAACUUGAGAAGCAGCACAGAGUCAUCUACGAACAAAAUUGAUGAUAAAGUUUAUGAAGAAGGGGGCACAGAGACGAAUGGCUGUGAAAGAUUGGACGGUUGCGAUUCUUUUUCCAUUUUGUUGAUGCCUCGCAGUUUACUAAUUUUCAAGGACAAGGCUUACGCAGAAUACUUGCACGGUAUUAAAGAUAGUGAGAUGCAGCGAUGUGACAGGGCUGUGAAUGUGAAAGAUGGCGGUUUGGUUGGUCCCUUAUCAGACUCGGGGCAAGUAGUUGAUGGAAAGGGAGGCGUCGAUGAUAGUGUUAUUCACCGGACUAGCGCCAGACUCUCUUUGACCUGCCGGGUUGUCACUAAAGUUCACAAAAAUUUGUUCAGGUUUUAGUCAGAUUAACAUUUUAAGAGGAAUGAAUAUUUUUCCAGUUAUUCAAAUUCCUGUUUUCAGUCUUCCGUCAUGCUCCAACUCCUUCCAAUAAGCUGUAUAGGCCUCAAGAGUGGUUCAUAAUAAAGUUUUUUUUUUUUUUUUUUAA